AAGACAGAGCAAUCGAAUCGCAACCCGAUUGAUCAAUGGAAGAGCCCCAAUCAGCCCAGUCUGCCCAAUCAGGAAAGCUUCUUCGCUACGGGCUGCGAUCCGUGACGAAACCGAAGGAGGUGAAGCUACCGGCGGCGGAGUUGUCCAACCCCUCCGCGGCUUCUAAGAGGGGAAGAGCUGCGUCGAAUGUGAGCAAAAGUGUGAGUGUUCUCGAUCUGUCGGGCAAGGACAAGCCUGUUAGGCCACCCAGGAGGCUCUCCAUUCCUAACAAGGUGGCUGGUACUCCAGCUCCGAAACUGGGUGGGAACAUCACUCCCGUUUCCGAGGCUAGAUCAAGGAGGUCUGUGAAAAGUGAAACACCUGCUUCGGAUGCUUCUAGGCUGACAAGUCGGAAGAAGUUUAGUAUCCUGUCCUCGGAAUCAUACUGGCUUUCACAGAUUAAGCUCUCUGAGGCUGCUGGCAGGCACUCAGUUUCGCUUGGGUUUUUCAAACUAGCCUUGGAGGCAGGAUGUGAGCAACCUCUUCAGCGGAUGCGGGAUGAGCUAAAAGCUUAUGCACUUCGUCAUAAAAUUGGUGAUCUUGCUGAUCUUGCAGUCCCACUGAAAGAACUAUUUGAGAGCUAUGGUGUUGUAGAAAAUGAGCAGGUGCAGGUCUCGGAAACCUGUUCUCACGUACCUGAAGAGGGGACUCGGUCUUCUGAUGAAGAUGCCAAGAGCUCUUCAUCGACAAUGGGAACUAGGAAACUGAAACCCAAGUCAUUGAACACUGAUAUUGCUCAAGUCACUCCAGUCAUAAACAAACCCAAGAAGGAAGUACCUCAGAAAAGUAUUCCUGCAGCCAGGACUAGGGCAUCUGCGGCAAAGAAGUCUUCAACUUCAGCACCUGUUUCUGAUUCUGGUACGCAAAGAUCAGCAGCAAAGAAACCCCAGAAACCAAUUAAGCAAGAAGCUAAGAAUGAAAAGGAUAGGAAGAAGCAGGGGAAAUCUGCUGUUGAACAAGGGUCAGUUAUCCCUACAUCUGUAGAGGAAGCACUCAAUGAGAACAAAGAAAAUGAGGAUGCUGCCUCAAUGGAGGAGAUAAAUUUGACUGAAGUUGCUUAAACAUAUUACCCAAGAAGCUAAACCAAUUGCAUUCUCAUACUCCUG